AUGGCGAGUACAUCGUAUCAAACUUCCUCUAACUCAGGAAACUCCUCAGUGCCCUGGGAAUCCCUCAUGGACUCCCAAGAACUACAGAUUUAUGCCGACCUAUUCAGAAAAGUAGAUGUCGAUAAUAAGGGCAUUCUUCUAAAGGAUGAAGCAAUGACCUUUUUCAGAAAAUCAGAUGUCCCAAACAACAUCCUUGCAGAGAUCUGGGAAGCUGCCGACGGAGAUAAUAAGGGGUUCUUAACUGAUAAGGAGUUUUGUAUCGCUCUUAAGCUGAUUGCAUGUGCUCAGCAUGGCACACUUACCGGAAGUCCAAUUCUAUCGACAACGGUCGCAAAAGUUGCUCUUCCUCAGUUUGAUGGUGUCACCCUUAAAAACCUAUCAAAGCCUAACAGACCUACCCCAAAUGCACCUUUGAGUCCUAAUAUGAACAUGGGGGCUGGUGGAAAUAACAGCGCGGACCAACUAACUCCUGAAGAACGAAACAAAUAUAUCAAUAUGUUCCAGGCGAACAAUCCUAUUGACGGUGUACUAGGAGGCGAUUCUGUCAAGAAUAUCCUUAUUCGUUCCAAGCUUUCACCAGAAACACUUCACGCUAUCUGGAAUCUUGCUGAUACCCGCAAAUCUGGAACACUCAACCAGACUGAGUUUAUUAUUGCAAUGCACUAUGUUUCUCAGAUGAUGAAGAAAUCUAUUCAAUCUCUUCCAGCUACCCUACCAGUUCAUAUUUACACCGCUGCUGCCGGUAGAUUCGGUCCAUCAAGACAAUUUUCAGCCGUAUCACCAGUUAUGAGACAAAUGUCUACCCAAAAUACACACAGUAUUACUACACGCCAAAUGACAGGGCCAUCCGCCGUUUUUACUGGCGAUCAGUCCCAUCAUCCAACUAGAGGAGACUUGGAUGUAUCGCCUGAAGAGUUGGCCAAGUACAGUGUCUUUUUUGAAAACCUGAAUACGAAUGGAACAGGAUAUGUAUCGGGUGUUGAUGCCGUUCACUUUUUCCGUCAUUCAAAGCUACCCGAAUCAGAUCUGGCCAAGAUUUGGGAUUUGGCAGACACGAAUUCUAGUGGUCAAUUGAGUAAACAGGAGUUUGGUCUUGCUAUGCAUCUAAUAAAUAAACGGAUGGCUGGAGGUCAGAUUCCAACUUCGUUACCUGGAUUACAAAGAGCCCCCACACAAGUAGUUAAUGUCACAGGGCAAAGCGAACUUUCAGGACCUCAAUACAACGGACAACAGCGUUCCCUUCUUGAGACCGAGCUCUCUUCGGUAAAAAAUGACGUACGAGCAGAGAGAGACAGAGCAGAAAGACUAGCAUCUCAACAUUCGUCAGAAGCACAAGCAGUACACGCAUUACAAGAGCAGCUUUCCAAAGAAAAACAAUCCUUGGAAUCAUGGAAGAAAAAGGCAGAAGAGAGUGAGAAGUUAUUGGAGCAAGAAAAGAAAAAACGUCAAGAGCUUUCUAAGGAGUUACAUCUGUGUAGCCAAGAGACCAAACAUUAUCAGCAGAGAUCAGAGAGUGCAAAAAAGGAAACAGAACAAGUUCACUCAGAAGUACAGGAGAUGCAGAAAGACUCAUUCUCAAACAACUCUGUAUUUGCACUAUCUAACACACCAUCUAACGAAUUAUUCACUAAUAUUGGGGAAAAGAGCACUCCAGAGCAUAGUUUCUCACAUCCCGGAUCUGCUGCAUCUUCUACUAUCCAGUCUCCUUCCAUGAAUCCCACGCAGUUCAAUAAGUCAUUCGACCCAUUCUCCGGGAUGAAGAGCGACAAAGGAAACACAGCUGAUUCUCCUAAAAUAUCUCUCAAUCGUAUCAAGCAAGAGCACGAAGCCCAUCAAAAACGUUCAUCUUCUCCAAAUGUUGAUAUUAGUGAUAUAGAAGUCAAAUUUCCAGAUCUCAACACGAUGGAAGAGAAAUUUAACAUGUCUUCCCCAAAGGCAAGCCCUGCCAUUAGCGAAGCAAAGAUCCCUACAAAUAGCGCUAGCCCUGUUCAAAAGCCAUACAAGCCAUCUCUAGAUCAUCCAUUUGGCCCCAAUCAAUCUCCAGCACCAACCACUGCCUUUUCUCCAAAGCAAAGUAAGUCAGUGGCAAAGUAUGGUUUUGAUCUCUCUGCAUUUGAGACUCCGUCUACGCCUGAAAAUGAAGGCACAUCAUCUGUCAAGGACGAAUUGAGCUCUUUGUUUGGGAGCCCACAGCCUGAGGCAGCAAAAAAAGAGCCUACUACAAACUUUGAUGACAUCUUCAGCGUCACUCCCUCGUCUGUACCAGCACCACCUACUGAAAACAAGAAGACAUUUGCGGAUAUAUUUUUUUAAACAACCUUCUCUGUUUUUCUUUCUUGAAAUAUCAUACCCUUUCUAAUCAAGGC